CCGAUCAGGAAGCAGCUUAGUGCAACCUGGUGCCAGAGCCUAUUGGUUGCAGCCUGCACCCUGCAAUAUGCUGAUUGCUCCUCGGUGCUGUCAGUCAUGCAGCAGGCUCAGCCCCCUCCUUCCUUUCCUCCUUACACCCUCCCUAAUCAUACACCAGUCAUGUAAUUUACACCCCUGGUGUCUCCUGUAACAUUGUCAGCUGCCUGUCUGCACCAGGGCUGAGGAUCACAAGGGAAGGUGCCUGUCAUGGACAGGAAAACAAGGAGGGAUGACAUAUGCUCCUGAUUGCUUUAUGCUGGCAGCAAACUUUGGAUGCAGCUGGAGAGUGACAUUUCUAUAUAUUGAAUUCCUAUUGGGAAAUGUGCUGACAUAGCAAAACUACUUGAAAAAAGCUUGCUUAGUGACAGAGCAAGGAUCCCUGCUAGCCCUGUGAUAGAGGCAAGCCAUUUGCUUAGGAUUCCAUCUCUGGAGUGUGUAACUGAGCAUAUUACUGUAAAUUGUCUGCUAUAGGUAUUUAUGUGCUUCUACAGAAUUGUACAAGUUCAGGGGACAGAGCGGCUUGUACCUGUGUUCUGCAUUUCACACUAUGGGAGGCAGCAAUGAUACCAUGCUAAAUAGACUUCUACUCAGAAGUUGGAAUGAUGUGUGCUAAAGAAUGGUCAUGCCCUCGCUCCGCCAGGUGUGAUCGGACUUGCCCGGGUGUAUAAGUAUGGAUGACAAACUGGAGGAAAUUUUUGGGGAUGAGGUGGAGAUUGGAAAUGAACUGGAGGCGUAUGAUGAGAUGGUGGCGGCCAUGGCUGGCAAUAUCUAUUCUGAGCUUGAUAAAUUGGUAGGAGCUUAUGGACAGGAUGCGGUAACGGGUCUGAUGCCCUUAAUGGUCUCAGUGCUGGAAAGUCUGGCAACAACGUGUGCCUGCGCCCGGGAGCGAGAGGACCAACUGGAAAUGGUGACCGAAGAUAAGCAAAGGCUACUCAUCCAGUAUGAGAGGGAGCGGAAUGGACGCAAGCGUGCGGAAGAGAGAUGCAUGGAGAUGGAGGAUGGCAUUGAGCAGGAAAGGAAACUUUUCAAAGCUAAUUUACUAACUAUGGAAGCUCAGACUAAAAACAUGGAAAUGAAAGCGCGAAGCUACGCUGAUCAGAUUGUUGGCCUGGAGGAGCAGAAGACGCUUCUGAACAAGGAACUGGUAUCACUCACACAAGUCCAUGCUAAGAUAGUGAAGAGUUACAAAGAGUUAAGGUACCAGCGUUCUCUUUCCUUGGAAGCUGCUCGCCAUUCGGGACGUACAACGCCACUUGCAGGAGUAGAGAAGAAGCUCACGCUGCUGGAUUUCCAGGAUGCACCAUUAUCUCUAGAAGCGCCGACCUCUCUAGAAAGUGUUCCCGGUGGAGGCUGUCUGGAAGCCCUUAGCAAUGACAAGGUUUUGCCUAAAGGGGACAGUAAACUGGAUAGUAUGAAGGCCAACUCUCAGGCUUGCACGAACGGACUUCCGAGUGAGCUCCCACAAAGUAAUUUCUUUCCACUUGGAGAUGAACUGCAAUCAAAAGAUGGACUUGUAGAAAAAUACCCAGAACCACUUCAGCCAGAAAUACAAUCUGUCGUCGAUGACAUUAUUAACUCCACUCCAGAACUGAAGCUGAAUCAUGAACCAUUUGAGGCAAGUACCCCAAAAGAACUUUCAGGACCGGAAGAGGAAGAGAUUGAGCGUAACAACAAUUCACUUUUUGCUGAGGUGUGCGGAACAAGUCCAGAAUUCAUUUCAUAUGUAGACGAGGGCGCUGACUUGCAAGGUGUUGGUAAUUCUGUGGAUGCUCUGAUUGAGGAGAAUGCACAGCUUAGAGAUGCACAGAGUGAAGUUGAUAUGGCUAGAAAGAGUCUUAUUGCAAGGGUGGAGGAGCUGUCUGCAGAGAGAGAGGGUCUUAAACGUGAGAUGGAAAAUGUAUCUCAGAGUCUGAGUCGUUGUGAGUUGAAGCUUAAAGAGACAGAGCAAGAUCUGCAGAUGACUCGUGCUGAGCUGGAUGAAGCAAGAAAGUUAUACAGAGAAAAUGCCGAGGUGGACAUUCCAGCUGCCCAGAGAAAGCGAUUCACCAGAACAGAAAUGGCCCGUGUGUUGAUGGAGAGAAACCAGUACAAGGAGAAACUAAUGGAACUGCAGGACGCCGUACGCAGGACUGAAAUGUUGAGGGCAUCAAAGGAUGUGCAGGAUGCACAGAUGAGGAAAUCUUCCUUCUGGAAGGUGUUUGACAGAUUAUUUAGCUCUUCGAGUGGGCCGCAGGGGAGAGCAGUGAUGUCACAGCCGAUACCUCUGCCAACGCUGAACAGAGCGCGGUCUGCAUCUUCUGUAGCCUAUUCUGGCAGCCAGGAGAACAGUCCUGUGCGGAACCAGUCAGUGACUUUUCACGUACCGAAUACGCCGCAUACAGAUGAUGCAGAUGCUGUGCCAUUACGGGGAAAGAAGCAUGAACAUUACCGUCAGAUUCGUGCCCACAUCUGGAAGGAGCACGGGAGAGCGCAGCUUCACGGCUGGAGCAUUCCUCCUGCGGUCAGGAACAGGGGUGAAAUGCAGGCAGGAAGUGAUGUCAGAGGUGUUCCUGUCUUAGUCCAGCUUCGUCUGUUGGAUCAAAAAGACCCAUGCACAAAGCUCUGGUGUGCGACUGGAACAUCCACAACGGACUCCGUGAGCAAAUGCAAGACAGAUAGUGCUAAUGUCCCCAGUUUAGUGUGGAUCUGCUCCGGCACCCACUCUGUCAGCGAGAUCAUGGUCAUAGAUGCAAGCUCUUCAAACCAUGUGAUGGAUCAGUUUGUGAUUCCCAACACACAUGUCCUGUGUGUGACCUGUGUGCCGGCCUACAGGCUGGAUUCUGUGGUGGAGCAGGACGUUUCCGAAGAAGACAACCAUGAGAACAUCAGCAGAGGUGCCACCGUCUGGUUGGGGACACAAGAAGGGAGUUUAUUUAUCCAUUCUGCUGUGUCUGAUUGGAAGAGCUGCCUACAGAAAGUUCAACUUAAAGAUGCCAUUCAUAGUAUUAUACCUGCUGGUGACCGUGUGGUAGCUGCUAUGGGUGAUGGAACACUUGCAAUAUUUAGUAGGAAUGCUGCUAGGAACUGGGAUUUAGACAAUCCAAAAGUGGUGGACUUGGGAAGGCCCCAGCAAUCCAUUCGCUGUUCUGUGUAUGUCCACGGAGAAGUGUGGUGUGGCUACAGGAAUAGGAUCUAUGUCUUGGAUCCACGGACGGCAAAAAUCAAAAAAUGGUUUGAAGCAACACAUCGCGCUGAGAGCCAGGUUCGGCAUAUCGCUGCUGCCGGAGAUUGCGUAUGGGUGUCUGUCCGCCUGGAUUCCAUACUUCGCCUUUUCCAUGCCCAGACAGGGCAGCCAUUACAGGAACUGGAGCUGGAGCCUUUCUUGCAGAGAAUGCUGGGCUCCAACGUCUUUGGUAUGUCUAUGGCGCAAGUCUCUGCGCUGUCGGCGUUCUGCGGCUUUCUGUGGGUGGGAACUACUAUCGGAGUCAUUGUCGCCAUUCCAUUCUCCAAGGAAAUGGAUUCGCAGGCUGGACAGAUAAAUGACAGUGAAGAAUGUUCGCAGGAUCGCGUUCCCCAAAGGGUUCCAUACUGUUCUAUGGAGAAUGCGCAAGUCUCAUUCCACGGUCACAGGGAUGCUGUCAAGUUUUUUGCAUGUGUUCCAGGUUGUAUCAACCCGUCACUGCCAGUAGAGGGCGGUGAAAAUACAGGCAACGCCAGUAUCCUAUUAAUGAGUGGAGGCGAAGGCUACAUUAACUUCAGGAUUGGUGAUGAAACAGGUGACACAGAUGAAGGCUAUGGAGAUCUCCUUCUGACGAUACCGAGGUACAGGAGGUCAGAAAGAAGCCACCUCAUUGUCUGGCAGAUGCUAACUUGAAGACUAGAGGAGAAUUGGAUGACUUGACAUGACAGUACACUGACGGCUCGAUAUCUGACGUCUGGAAAAUGUGUGUUUAUUUAUUCUUUUGCCCGCUGACAUCGAGAGAGCAAUGUGUUCUCUUCUCUCUGGGAUCAUCUCGGCUUUACUUUGGGUAGAAGGUGUUUUGCCUUAAUAUAAAAUGCUGACAUUCUGGGUUUUGUGCAAUUUGGGUCUGUAAAAUCCCGAGAAGUUGUGCCGUGGAUAUUAUUUCUCUCUCUCCUUCCUGCUGGAGACAGUUUCAUCUCUUGGACAUUAGAAAUACUGCAUUUUCAGUUCUUCUUUUUAUGUUUUCAGUAGAGUUUUGCUUUUUUUGGCACUUACAAUAAUUGUGUGCGGUCUGUCUCAUGCAUUCAAACGCAAUUAUGUGUGAUGAUUGCUAAUGUUAAGUCUUCUUGAAAUCACGCACAACUAAUGUUAAAAUGGUGAACAAUAUGUAUUGUUUAAUAUUUGUGCUGCUCUAUUACAUUAGCAAUCUCCUGUACUGUCUGUGCACUGUCAGCAGUGUGAUGGUGUGUAACAAUAUUGCGCCACCUGUCUGGCACUACAGGUAUUGCAGCUCUUGUUGAGCUGGAAGCUGAAGAUUGUAUUUGAACUCAGGGCUUAUUGCUCUUCGCCUUAAUCCCUACCAGCAUUAUCUAGCUCUAUGGUGUAACACAGAUCUUGUCAGUCAUUUACAUCAUUACAAAAUGUGAAACCUGCCCACUCAGAUAAGCACAUGCAACACUGGAAUGUAAUCUGGGGCGUUCUGUGGCUUGAUGCCGAUUGUCCUUCAGUCUGUCAGUAUUGCCUCCUGUUAAAUAGGUGGGCAGCUCAGAAUAGAGUAGUUCUAGCCACUGAUGGACAAGGCAAAGAUCAAACGGGUUGUGUCAAAUGUGGGGAUGAAAAAUUGACUUGUGGCCCCUGACCGUCUCCACAUGGGAUCAGGUAACCUCUGAUCCUACUAUGUAGGAGGCUAGCUGUGUGACUGAUCCUUUUAAUUACAGAUAUCAAGGUGGUUAUAACUAAUAGUCAGUGUUUAAGUGAAUGUUCAUCUUUUAUGGUGUAUCCAUUACUGUGUCAGUCAAGAAAAACACCUAUUUUAUUCCAAUGCAAAAAAGUGAAAUCGUCAAGAAUGCAACCUAUUUUUAUACACAAAAAUGUAUAAUUUAUUACAUAAAUGCGCAAGAUAAUA